GGAUUCACAACCCUCUGUCUCCUCCUUCCCAGGUCUCAUCAACAGCCACAGGAACAUCCACGGGGAUGCUCCGCGGCCGCUUCCAGCGGCACCUCCCAGGUGGAACAACCCCCGGAGCGCCGCCUACGGCCAGAGGGGAGCCUUUUCCAGGAAUUUCCAAGCUCCCAGGAAUUUCCACCCGCGCCAGACCCACUCCUGGAGGAAGAAAUACUCCCUGGACAACCGGCUGCCGGGAUCGGCCUCCGAGGUUGGAAGCGCUUCCGGCACAUCCCGGGUUUUCGGGAGCUACGGGGACAACCCGGCUCCGGAGCCUCCGGAAUCGUCGCCGGAGAGACACGUGGAUUUCACCACGGAUGGGAACAUCGUUGUGGGCAUCCAGGUGCCACAGAGGGCUGGAGAUGUAGGAGCUUCCGGGGAGUUUUCCGGGCGGGAAGCGGCGGUGGCUCCUUCGGGCGAUGGGAAAAGUAUCCCGGAAUCUCCGUACCCGGAAGAGAGAAGACCUUCCCUGUCCAUAUCCUUUAGUUCCACGUCCCGGACCGUGUGUCUGCCUGGAAGCGUGGCUGGAAGCAGCUUUUCCCCCUCUGGAAGCGGCAGCGAAAGCGCCGUGACGCUGAAAUCGGAGCCGCAGGAGCCUUUGGAAUUUCCGGGUCAGGAGCCGGCCGGGAAUUCGGGACGGAUCAAAGCGGAGCCGCCGUCUCCGGGGCAGAGCUGUGAGGAAGUCAAGGACGCUUCCCUGCUCCCCAAACUCUUUGGGAAUGCCAAGGACGCUUCCCUGCUCCCCAAACUCUUUGGGAAUGCCAAGGACGCUUCCCUGCUCCCCAAACUCUUUGGGAAUGCCAAGGUGCCCUCUCCGCCCGCUCAACUCGGGGUGAUUCCAGGGAAGAGCAGAUUUCCCGUCAUUCCCAAGUCUCCCGUCUCCAGCAAAGCCCCGAAAUUCCGCAAGAACAACUACACCUGGGUGGCAAAUCCCGGGAAAAGCUGCCGGCUGGUGAGGAGGUGGGGGAGCCCCCGAGCCGAGAAUUCCAGGAAAGGCCUCGGGGGGACGGAAAGAGGAGCCAAAACAUCCCCCAGGGCGGAUUUGGGAGCCAAGGCGAAAAAAUCGGGAUUGCAAUCCAAGCUGGGGGGGGUCUCUCCCAACAAAUACAAGUGGAAAGCCUCCAGCCUGCCGGCCCUGCCUUCCACUUCCAAGUCGGCAUUCCGCUGGAGGAGCGAGGAUCACAGGAAGCCUCCCGACAUUCCGUGUCCCGGAAGUGCUCCCGUGGCUCCGAGCGCCGCUUCCGUGGGUCUCGGAGCAGGGAAAUCCUUUGGAGAGGCCCUGUUAUCCAGCUAUAAAGUGAAGAGUCGGACCAAGAUCAUCAAGAGGAAAGGGAACGUGGGUUCCCUGCUCCCCAAACUCUUUGGGAAUGCCAAGGACGCUUCCCUGCUCCCCAAACUCUUUGGGAAUGCCAAGGUGCCCUCUCCGCCCGCUCAACUCGGGGUGAUUCCAGGGAAGAGCAGAUUUCCCGUCAUUCCCAAGUCUCCCGUCUCCAGCAAAGCCCCGAAAUUCCGCAAGAACAACUACACCUGGGUGGCAAAUCCCGGGAAAAGCUGCCGGCUGGUGAGGAGGUGGGGGAGCCCCCGAGCCGAGAAUUCCAGGAAAGGCCUCGGGGGGACGGAAAGAGGAGCCAAAACAUCCCCCAGGGCGGAUUUGGGAGCCAAGGCGAAAAAAUCGGGAUUGCAAUCCAAGCUGGGGGGGGUCUCUCCCAACAAAUACAAGUGGAAAGCCUCCAGCCUGCCGGCCCUGCCUUCCACUUCCAAGUCGGCAUUCCGCUGGAGGAGCGAGGAUCACAGGAAGCCUCCCGACAUUCCGUGUCCCGGAAGUGCUCCCGUGGCUCCGAGCGCCGCUUCCGUGGGUCUCGGAGCAGGGAAAUCCUUUGGAGAGGCCCUGUUAUCCAGCUAUAAAGUGAAGAGUCGGACCAAGAUCAUCAAGAGGAAAGGGAACGUGGGUUUCCCGACGGAGAAGAAGAACGUCUCGCCCGGCGCGGCCCUCAAGAGCCGCUUCCACCUCCGGAGGAAAAAUUCCGCGCGGGGAAAACCUUCGGCGACUCCGAAACGCUCCUCUCCCAGGAUCCUGGUCCAGGUCUCCAGGCACAGGCUCCGCAGGAUUCCGGCCGCCAGGAAUCCACAGGGGGCCACCAAGGAAGGAUCCAACUUCCCCUUGGCCAGGAACCCCCCUUCCAACAAGGUGAUCAAGACCCGCUACAGGAUCGUGAAGAAGAACGUGACCACUCCAGCCUCGUCCUCCUUCUCCAACCCCAUUCCCACCUGGAAGGCCAGGCGCCCCAUGACAUCCAGGUCCCUGUUGUUGAACCAAACCCGACCAUCUCCCCAAGGUGCCAAAUCCCAGCCGGCGCCGCCACGGUGGAGGAGCAAAGGCUUCCGCUGCAUCGGCGGCGUCCUGUACCGAGUGUCGGCCAACAAACUCUCCAAAACCUCCAGCACCCCCGUCAGGAGCAGGGACCUGGGCACCAAAACCCCCAGCAGAGCAGCUCUGAGGUUGCACUCCAUGCCCAGUCCCGGCAUCUCUCCCUCCGGCCUGAACCGAUCCUCCUCGUGCCGAUACAUCGCCAGUGGCAGCUCCUGGGAAAACUUCCGGCUCCAAACAUCCUUUGGGAUCUUGGGAUCUGUCCUGUGCCUGUCUCUGCUCCUCCAGGGUUUUGGCCGCUCCCACCUGGAGCUCCUCCCGGUGCUUCAUCCGGAAUCAUGGAGUCAUGGAACGGCCCUCUCCCUCUGCUGUAAUUCCAGGUUUCUCCGUGGCACGUGCAAGAAGACGGAUGGGACCUGCCCCUUUUCCCACAAGGUGUCCAAGGACAAGAUGCCAGUGUGUUCCUACUACUUGAAGGGGAUCUGCAGCAACAGCAACUGCCCCUACAGCCACGUCUACGUGUCCAGGAAGGCAGAGGUGUGCCAGGAUUUCCUCAAGGGAUAUUGUCCCAUGGGUGAAAAGUGCAAGAAAAAGCACACGCUGGUUUGUCCUGACUUUGCCCGGAAUGGUGUCUGUCCCAAGGGUGGCCGCUGCAAACUCCUGCACCCCCGGAAGAGGCGGCACCCCAAGGAGGCGGGAGGAGACGGAGACCAGGCCGACCCCCCUUCCAAGUGGAGAUGGGUCAAGGAGGAGCCGGACAGGAAUGAUCCAGCUCAGCUCCACGACGAUGGGGAAAUUCCCGGACCUUCCAGCGCAGAGCAGGAGGGGAAGUUUGGGAAAGAGGAGGACUCCAAGCCAACGAGCUGCCUGCAGAAGCUUCCAUCCUUCAUCUCCCUCCGAUCCCCGGAGUAUCCCAGAUUCCGGGGGUGCGAAGUGGAGAAGGAGGAGGAUGAGCCGGAGGAGAAGCCAGGCACCACCAAAAGGAAGAGGAUUUUGCCACGGGAAUCCUCAGAGGACUCGGAGGACACCCGUGUGGAAGGUGCCAGAGGCAAACGGCUGCAGAUCAAGCCCCGGCUGUGAGGAAUUCCCGAUUUCCCGAUCCCAGGAUCAGCCGACCCGCUCAGGAACCGGAGAGCCGGGCACGACCUGGCACCUACCUCAGGACGCCGUGUCCAGACAUGGCACCACCCCCUUCUCCUCUCACUUUUCCGGGACACCAUUCAGACAAGGAGCAGCGUGGGAAUACGCCUCUCAUUCUCACCGGGAAUUCCUGCAGGAAGCGGCUUCGUUUGGAAUCUUUGCGUUGACCAAUAAACGACCUUUCUCCGUUGGUUUGUCAGAGGCAAGUCCUGCCAAAUUGAAGCUCCUUGGAUGUUUGUGGGGUUGGGAAGAGCUUCCUAUUCCCGUGGGUGCUGUCCCGGACACGAGGUGAUCCGGGGACCUGAGGUGACAUUCCCAAAUCCAGGGCAGCCACGAGCCGGGAUGUAACGGGAUGUAAAGCCCCCACAGCCCCUGAUCCCUCCAUCCCGCUCCAUUCUCUUGCUUUUGGGAGGGGAUUUCUUGGAGCAGGGCCAUGUUCCAAGAGCAUUCCUAACGGGAAUGUGUGUUGGGAGCGGUGCCAAGCUCUCAUCCCGCAGCAUUUUGGGAUCUGGUAGCUCCUAAUUCCCACCUCUCCUCAUCCCAGUGGGACACCCAAACCGACUCUUCCAGAGGUUUUUUUUUGGCCGGAGCAAAGCACGGAGAGGCCGUUAUGUCACCAGCACCACGGGGGUUUUGCAUCCAUAGGCACCACUUCCCAGGGAUUUUGGGGAACCCCCCGCAGAUGGGAUUUGGGGGACACCUCCGAGCCACAGGGGGGGAUGGCGGGAUUUGCCCAUCCAAACGCCCCUCAGGUGAAAUCCUGGGGAAAAAAAAGGCUCAGCAGGAAUGUGGGGAAGCGCUGGGGCUCCCUGAGGACGUUUCCCGGGAAUGGGAUGGGCUCAGGUGCUCCGUGGCUCCGGGAAGAUGCCGACGGGCAUCCAAACACCCCCCCGGGGGCUUUCCCUUCCCAGAGAGACCCCCACGGUGGGAAGGGGAGUUGUCACCAUCCCAAAUCCAGAGCGUUUCCCCCCAGGGAUGGAUGGAUCCCACCCUGGGAUGUCCCUUGUAUCCCAAGAGCUGUUUUGUAACAAAAGCUCCGUCGUCUCUGUCGCCAUGAAAUGUCUUUUAUUUUAAUUCCUGUGGUUUGGUUUGUAAAUAAAGACUUUCCUCCCCCUGGGGACGGGAGUGUGGCUUGCCUCUCUCUUUCCAGCAGGAACAUCCCAUCAAAAAUCCAUCCUGAUCCAAGG